CGUCAGUCCAGUUGUUACUUGUGUAAUAUCACGAAAGUUCAUAAUAGGUUAUCAAUCAAUGACAAUGGUAGGAAAUAAAAAUUCUUUCUCAAGUAUACUUUCAUGUGUGUGACUGUGUGAAACGUGAAUUGUGCUAUAAAAAUGUCCAGUAUAUUUAUCCGAAAGUUAUUUCUUGAUAUUAGUCGAAAGUCUGUUCUAUAUCCAGAACUGUAUAUAAAACACUAUAAUUCGACACUACAAUCAAAAUUAAACUUUAAGUUCAAUCAGUCUAUUAGAUCAGUACAGAUACAUACCACAGCAACAAUGAGUAGCAAACUGCUGACUGGAAGUUUAACGGAGACAGACCCUGAGCUUUAUGAAAUCAUUCAAAAUGAGUUGCAUCGUCAAGAAUCAGGUUUGGAGAUGAUUGCUUCAGAAAACUUCACAUCAGUUUCUGUUCUCCAAUGUCUAAGUUCUUGUCUACACAAUAAAUACUCUGAGGGUAUGCCUCAUCAGAGAUACUAUGGUGGUAAUGAAUUCAUUGAUGAAAUCGAAAUUCUAGCUCAAAAACGUUCCUUAGAUGCUUAUAGAUUGAAUCCUGAAGAAUGGGGAGUAAAUGUUCAACCUUAUUCAGGUUCUCCAGCAAAUUUUGCUGUUUACACAGGAGUAGUGGAACCACAUGGCAGGAUCAUGGGACUUGAUUUGCCUGAUGGUGGCCAUUUAACACAUGGUUUUUUUACAGCUACAAAGAAAAUUUCAGCUACAUCAAUUUUCUUUGAGAGUAUGCCUUACAAGGUUAAUCCCGAAACUGGUUUGAUUGAUUAUGACAUGUUAUCAGAAACAGCAAAACUGUUCAAACCUCGUUUGAUAAUUGCUGGCAUGAGCUGCUAUUCCAGAUGUUUAGACUACAAAAGGUUCAGACAAAUUGCUGAUCAGAAUGGAGCAUACCUCAUGGCUGACAUGGCUCAUGUCUCGGGGCUAGUAGCUGCCGGUGUUAUCCCCAGUCCGUUUGAACAUUGUGACAUUGUGACUACAACCACUCAUAAAACACUUCGGGGUCCCCGUGCUGGGGUGAUAUUCUACCGAAAGGGUGUUCGUUCUGUGAAGGCCAAUGGAACUAAAGUAAUGUACGAUUUCGAGAGUCGUAUCAAUCAAGCCGUCUUUCCCGGCCUACAGGGUGGUCCUCACAAUAACGCAAUUGCAGGCAUCGCCACAGCCAUGAAACAAGCUACUUCCUCUGAAUUCGUUUACUAUCAACAGCAGGUUGUGAAGAACGCCCAACGUCUCUGCCAAGGUCUGAUAUCGCGAGGAUACGACAUCGCCACUGGCGGCACCGACGUCCACUUAGUACUGGUAGACUUGAGGGGCGUCGGCCUCACCGGAGCGCCCGCUGAGAGAAUAUUAGAGCUAUGCAGCAUCGCUUGCAACAAGAACACAGUGCCCGGAGACAAAAGUGCCCUCAACCCAAGUGGUAUCCGGCUAGGAACACCCGCUCUAACUACGAGAGGACUCAAAGAAGAAGAUAUCGAUAAAGUGGUCGACUAUAUAGACAGAGCUCUCAAUAUCGCCAAAGAAAUCGUUAGGACGUCUGGACCAAAACUAGCAGAUUUCAACAAAGCCAUCGAAGAAACUCCAGAUUACAAACAAAAGAUCGAAUCUCUUAGAAAUCAAAUAGAGAACUUUAGUAAGACAUUCCCACUUCCUGGUAGUAACAAAUAGUGAUUGUAGUUAUCUCCUAUAACCGCAUUUAUAAUUGCUGUAAAAUUGAGCAGUGCCUUAUAUUUUUAAAACCAAUUUAUUAGCUUACUGUGUAAAUGCCUCAUAUUAUUCCCUAGAAUUGAAGCUGUGAAACAAAUAUUUUUAUAUAAAUCUUUUACUUAUUCAUGGAUUAUUCUUAGAUAUGAGAUAAGCAAGAAAGAAAAUAAUUAUUAUUA